CUUGGAAAAAAUUGCGACAUUGCUUUCCUUUUUUGAAAUAAAUACUAUUGUUUUGGAAUUUUCACUUGAGAGUAACUUUAACAGUCAAAAUAUCUGAAAUCUGAACCCGUACUUUGCAAUAUAUCAAACUUACAAAACUUUAUGCAGUUUUUUGUGAAUUGGAGAGACACCCACAAAAAAAAAUGGGAAGUUGUGUCUCGAAGCAAGGAAGCUUUGGGAGAUUUGCAAAGAAGGAGGAAAGGAAGAUUUUGAGGAGAAGGAGGAUCAUUAAAAGGAGGGUUUCUUCUCGUAAGCUUGAACAUGUGGAGCUUUGUGGUGCUUCUAAGGACUUUUCUCGUGCUAGUUCUGCAAUCCAAGGAAGUGCGGACUUGGCAUGGUGGGAUUGUUUUUCGGUGUUUGAGUCCGAAGUGGAUGAUGAUUUUUAUAGUCUAAAUGAUGAUGUGGUCUCUAUGACUGGCUCUGAAAUUGUAUCUGUAUUAAGUGUAUCUUCUCCCAGAGAUUUGAAUCUAACAAGCAACACUGAAAAUGUUACUUCAGUUCUUUCCUCUGGCCAACAACAGAAGUCAAGGGAAAACAAUACUAAUUCUCAAUUGAAGGCGAAUGAUAAUCCCACUGAGGGGAGUCAUGUAUAUGUGGAUGAUAUUUCUAGUGAAAGUACUCGUGGGGAUGAAAAGCAAGCAGUGCAUCAUGUUGGACUUGCUGCACAUACUUGCUUGCCUUGUAUUCCUUCAACUGCCCUGUCACUAGAGAAAAAAAGAUCAUUUAGCCCAGGUACACUUAGUUCAAGGAGGAAAGCACAUCUGAAACUUUCCUUUAAGUGGAGGGAUGGACAUGCCAAUCCAACAGUAGUUUCUCCCAAGGUGCCUUUGCAAAGACCAAUAGCUGGUACCUCAGUUCCAUACUGUCCAAAAGAGAAGGACAUGCCUGAUUGUUGGUCUCCUAUUGAGCCAAGUUCCUUCAAGGUCCGCGGCCACAAUUACUUUAGGGACAAAAAGAAGGAAUUUGCUUCAAACUCUGCAGCAUUUUAUCCCUUUGGAGUUGAUCUCUUCUUAUCUCCGCGCAAAAUUGAUCACAUUGCUCGUUUUGUGGAACUUCCUGUUUUUAAUUUAUCUGAAGAAAUUCCUUCUAUUCUUGUUGUAAAUAUUCAGAUACCAUUGUACCCUGUUACGAUCUUUCAAAGUGAAAAUGAUGGAGAAGGAAUGAAUUUGGUGUUGUACUUUAAACUAUCUGAAAAUUACUUGAAAGAGCUCCCACUUCAGUUUCGAGAAAAUAUUAUAAGGUUAAUUAAUGAUGAGGUAGAGAGAGUUAAAGGCUUCCCGGUAGAUACUAUUGCACCUUUUAGGGAAAGAUUGAAAAUGAUGGGCCGAGUGGCAAAUCUGCAAGAUCUUCAUUUAAGCACAGCUGAGAAGAAGCUUAUGAAUGCUUAUAAUGAAAAACCUGUUCUGUCACGUCCUCAGCAUGAGUUUUACUUGGGAGAAAACUACUUUGAGAUCGAUCUGGAUAUGCAUAGAUUUAGCUACAUCUCUAGAAAAGGUUUGGAAGCAUUCCAGGACAGAUAUAAGCUGUGUAUGCUGGAUUUUGGCUUGACAAUUCAGGGAAAUAAAGCUGAAGACUUGCCAGAGAGCAUACUAUGCUGCAUAUGCUUGAAUCGAAUCAACUAUAGUAAUUACCAUCAACUGGGGCUAUAAGCGAAGACCCUCUUUUACUAUUGCCAAUCAAUCAAAAGUUGAUCAAGAAUACAAUCAAGUUCUUACCUUUUCGAUUUUUUUCCCCUUCUAAACCUUCAUUCCUUGUUCUGGUUUUAGGGUGGUGCAUAUAAAACUUGUAACUUCCAAUUGUGAUGUGAGUGCAUUUUUUUUUUUAUUUUUCUUUUGUAUAGAAAUAUGCAUAUGUACAGUUGUCACCAAGGUGACGAAAGGAAAUAAAAGAAGAGUCACGAAAUAUCUAUACUAUAUGUUAUAUAUUAAAAGUGACUUCAAAUUGACCAA